GAGGAUCGCGGGAGGAGAGCAGGGCUUCUCUGAAAUACAAUUCCGCCAUCUCUCAACGCUCUUUCGCAUUCCCGUCAAUUUGGGCGUCAAUUUUCAGAAAUCUGUCAGCUGAAUUUACAAGGAUUUACAUAAAUUGUUAUCUUUCCCUGACCGCUCAGUUGGAGUCGGUCGAUGUUUCCUCAGCAAUCCUCUGCUGCAAGGCAGUUCCAUUUCGCCACCACUUCAAUGUGUGGGGAUUCUUCCAAUCAAACGUCUUCUCUGUAAUUAUGGGAGAGCAAUCCAGUCCAAGUAAAUAUAAUAAAGGGUGUCAUUGCAAGAAAACUGGAUGCUUGAAGAACUAUUGUGAAUGUUUCCAACAAAAUAAUUUCUGCUCAGAAAUUUGUAAAUGCAUGGAUUGUAAGAAUAAUGAAAGCUGUGAAAAACAAAGGGCUCACUAUCUCAGAGAUAGUGCUGCAAGCUUAAACUGUACACAACUGCCAUUCAGUGCUUCUAUUGCUGGAACAAACAGAUCUAUAGGGUCUUCGCUUCCUUCUCCUAGCAAAAAGAGGAAAACUCUGGAAUUUCAGUGUGGACAAGCAGCAGAGCAUGCUUCUUAUGAAGCUGUACAGGUCAGCACUGUAAAAAAAAUCUCUCCUACAGGAAAUACUUCAAAUUCUUCUCAUUCAAACCACAAUGAUGCUGCAGCUUUUGGGAUUCCGUCAUCUAAAAUCAUUUACAGGUCUCUUUUGGCUGAUGUUGUUCAGCCAGAGACUGUUAAAGGUCUCUGUAAACUUCUGGUCAUAGCUUCCAGAGAAGCUGCUAAUGCUUGUGGAGCUCAAACAAGUAUGGAAAGUGGGAUUUUGGAUAAGCAAGGAGGAUGCAAUCUGACAAACAAAAAAGUGUUCUCUGCAUCAUCGAGUAAAGAUGAGAACCCCAAAGAACAAAAUGGAGAUGAUAGAUUCGAGUGCAAUCAAGGAGAUAAGGUAGAUCCUGGAAUAUCGUCCUGUGAUGGGGUUGAGAAUGCAAAAUUUGAUAGUGAAAAUUGUCAUAAACAAAGGGCCAUGUCCCCUGGCACUUUGGCUUUGAUGUGUGAUGAACAAGAUGCUUUCUUUACGGCUCCAUCUUCACCGUUAAAUGGUUGUAGGAGGACUUAUAGUCAUCAUCCAACCCAAUGUUUUGCUGAACAAGAACGAGUGAUAUUGUCAGAGUUUCGUGACUGUCUCAAGACAAUUAUUGAUGUGGGACAAGCAAGAGCCAUGCAGUAUUCAAAAGAGGCAGCAAUGUCGAUGAAAACAACCCAGCAGACUGAGCCUGUUUCUCAUCUUGGCAAGGUGUUACAUGUGGCUGAACUUGGUAGCAUUCCUUCAUCAGUUUCUUUUUCAGUUGGUUUAGGGUCAACGACAGAGGUAGAAGUCAGUUCAAGUAAUCCUUUACAAAAUGGAGAUAAGUCUGAGGCUGUCAGUAGACGAUGACAGCAAUUCUAAUUGUAAUUAAUAGAGCUUACUCUGACUUAUAAAUGAUAUGUUUUUUGGUUCAUUAUUAUUGGAAAAUGGCGUUUAACAAUGCAAUUGGAAGGUAAUGAAGUUUUGGGUACAACACA